UGGGAUGAAACCAAACCCAUCCCCUUUACAAGUGCAGAGUUAGUCAGGAGAAGUUCAUCACAACCUUUCCAGGAUGUUUUUUAGCUGGAAGAGCUGUUGCUGUGCGGGAGGCAGCACUCCUCCGCUGCUCCUGCUCUGUGGCUGGUGCCACGGGAAGAGUUUGUCACCUUUUGUCCUCCCCUGCCUGUGCUGUGACAUUGCUGUUGACUUCAAGCCUCUCUUGCUGCACUGAGAAACACAAGGGAGUUUGCCAGAGAAAGGAUUUUUGUGUGGUUCCUUGUGGGACUUGUUUUUCUUCUCUUGGCCACGACUCAAGAAUGUCCCGAGUUAACUUUUCGGACAGUGCGCUCCAGAGCCUCAACAGCGAUGUGCUCUGUUUGCUUUUUCUGACACAAAUAAAGCUGGAGCUCUGCCAGGGAGGAAGGGGAAGGAAGCCAGGGAAAAAAGAAGCUGUGGUGUGAGGAAUGUCUUUUGCAGAAGUGCCUGAGGGAAAGAAACGAGGAGGGAGAGCCGGGAAUCUCCAGUCAUCCAGUCCAUCCCAGAGAGGCUCAGCACCUCUGCUCCUCCAGGACGAGCUCUGGAUUCCUCUCAAACCUUCCUGCUGAGGUUCAAAGAUGAAGACACUCCAGAGGAAUAUAAGUGUAUUCCAGCAAACUAAAAUUCUCUUGUGGAAAAAUGUCCUGAUCAAGUGGAGGAUGAAGAUGCAGAGCUUUCAGGAGUGGAUUCUGUCCCUGCUCUUCCUGCCCCUGGUGUUCAUUGUGUCCUCGUUCACGCUGCAAAUCCACUACCCCGAGGUGCCCUACAGCCCCCUGGGCCACCUGGAUGACCCUGCCUUCAAUGCCACCGGUGUCACCGUCACCUUCACCCCCGCCACUGCCACCACCAGGCACAUCAUGAGCAAAGUGGCCUCCAGCUCUGUCAUGACGGGUAUAAAACUAGAGGAAAUGGAUGAUGAGAGAGCCAUGGAGAAAGCCUGGAUUUCAGAUAAGGAAACUAUAGGAGUUGUAUUUAAGGACAACUUCUCCUACCACCUCAGGUUUCCUACCUCCCACGUGAUUAUUCCCAAUGAAGUCAUUGGAUACAUAGACAGCUGUUAUAAUUUCUCCUCGAGGCACUGCAACAGCCCAAGUUACUGGUACAAAGGCUUCCUGUCCCUGCAGUCCAGCAUUGAUGCUGCCAUCAUAGAGAUGGUGGCAAAUCAUUCAGUUUGGGAAGAAAUGAAAUCCAUUGCUGGUGUCAGAACGAAGUCCCAGAGCAUCAUCUUCUCCAUCAGCCUGGAGUACAGCUACUUCAUGAUCGUUACCGUCAUGUGCUUCUUUCCCUUCAUGUAUUUCUUAUCAAGGAAUGUCACACGAGAGAAGAAGCAGCUCAAAGUGUUGAUGAAGACCAUGGGGCUGCAGGACAUUGCAUUUUGGCUGUCCUGGAGCUUGCUGUACUCUCUUUAUGUGCUGAUCUUCUCCUGCCUGCUGACAGCCCUGGUGCUGUGGGAGCCCUUCUACACCAGCAGCUUCCCUGCAGUCUCACUCCUGUUCUUCCUCUAUGGCCUGGCGUGUAUCCACCUGGUUUUCAUGCUCUGCUCCCUCUUAAGGACCUCCAAGCUUGUCAGCUCCAUGGGCUUCCUCAUCAUCUUUAUCUUCGGGUUCCUGAGCCUGGCAGUGCUGAUAGAGGAUGUCCCCGAGCCUCUGAAGUGGUUUCUUGGUCUCAUGUGUCCUUUUGCAUUCAACACUGGCAUUGCCAAGAUUUUCCAUUUAGAGAAAUAUAGAAUAGGUUUCUCCUUUUCCAACCUUAUGGAUGAAGCAUACUUUUUAUUUUCAACAUACAUACUGCUGGUGUUUGACUCGGUCUUGUACAUGCUGCUGGCUCUCUAUUUUGACAAAAUUCUGACAGGCAAAUAUGGGAUCCCAGAACCUCCUCUGUUCUGCCUGAAGGCCUCGUACUGGAUGAGGAGCAGGAGAGGCUCUACCAGGGACAUUCCCAGUUCCACAGCAAACCCUGAGGAGCUCCUUGGGGACGAUGUAGAACCUGUGCCCCCCGAAUUCCUGGGGAGAGAGGCCAUCAGGCUCCACAAUAUUAAAAAAGUCUAUAAGAAGAAGGACAAGAAGACAGAGGCUUUAAGAGGUCUGUCUUUAAACAUUUACGAGGGUCAGAUCACCGCCUUGCUGGGCCACAGUGGGGCUGGAAAGACAACGCUGCUCAACGUGCUCAGCGGGCUCAGCUUCCCUUCGGAAGGCUCUGCCACCAUAUACAACUACAAACUCUCCGAGACGGGAGACAGGGAGGAGAUCCGGGGGAUGAUCGGGAUCUGCCCGCAGUUCAACACGCAGUUUGAGGUCCUGACGGUGAAAGAGAACCUGAAAGCUUUUGCGGAAAUCAAGGGCAUCAAGUCCAAAGAGGUGGAGCGAGAGGUGCAAAAUGUUCUGGAGCUGCUGGAUAUCAGCAACAUUCAAGACACUCAAGCUGAAAAACUGAGUGGAGGGCAGAAAAGGAAGUUAUCCAUUGGAAUAGCCAUGCUUGGAAACCCCCAGGUUUUGUUCCUGGAUGAGCCAACGGCGGGGCUGGAUCCUCUCUCCAGGCACCAGGUGUGGAGCCUCCUGCGGGAGCAGCGGGCAGGGCGGGUGAUCCUGUUCAGCACCCAGUUCAUGGACGAGGCCGAUAUCCUGGCAGACCGCAAGGCUUUUAUCUCGCACGGGAGGCUGAAGUGUGUUGGCUCUUCUCUGUUCCUGAAGAAAAAAUGGGGGAUUUGCUAUCAUUUAAGGAUCCAUGUCAGUGAGUCUUGUGACCUGGAGAAUCUGACAUCCCUGGUGAAAGGGUACAUCCCCAAUGCCACCUUCUCAGGACACACCCAGUAUGAACUGAGAUAUAAACUGCCUUUAGAAAACGUGAAUAAAUUCCCAGAUCUGUUCAGCGGCCUCGACAGCUCCUCUGAGCAGGGAAUUAUCAACUAUGGAGUCAGCAUGACGACCCUGGAGGACGUGUUCCUGAGGCUGGAGGGAGAAGCCACGGCCCAUCAAGAAGGUGAGCCGGUCCCUGGGGAGGAGUGGGGAGGAGCAGGAUGCGCCGACGAGGCGAGGCCGCGCUCCCUGCUGCUCUCGGACACCGGCACGGCCUCGGUGCAGGGCCUGGCCCUCUGGAGACAGCAGGUCUCUGCCACGGCAUGGAUGCACUUCCUGAAGCUCAAGAGCUCGGUGAAGAACCUGCGGUCGAUUUUGCUGCUCUAUGUGGUUUUUCUGCUUCCUCUGGUGUUGCAACUGUGCGUGGUGGCUGGCUGGCAGAGUGUGAGUGCCUGGCAGCUCUCUCCUGCACGCUACUUCCUGCCCCUGGGGAGGAGAUCCUACCUGGAGACCACCGCCCUCCUGGUCUACAACCACACAGGCACAGGCAUUGACAACUUCAUCCAUGUGCUCCAGAGCCAGGAUCUUACAGUGGAAAUAGCAAAGGAGGAAAAUAUCACACAGGAACUACAGCACAACGGGGCUAUAAAAGUGUCCCGCCAAGGUCAGAGCUACAGGUUCACUGUGCUGUGCCACUUGGAGGCUGUCAACUGCUUCCCAGUGCUGGUGAACAUCAUCAGCAACGCCCUGCUGAGAACCCUCAACUCCACCGGGCACAUCCAGGUCUGGAGCCACCCCUUCUUCUCUCUGUUCAGUCCAGGAUAUUGGGAUUAUUUCAUGUCCAUUUACCUCGUUUAUAUGAUGCUGUUAGCCCCAGGUUUUCCUCCUCACUUUGCCAUGGGCUACACACAGGAUUGCAAGGCGGGAGCUCGUGCCCAGCUGCGGAUCUCGGGGCUCUUUCCCUCAGCCUACUGGUGUGGCCAGGCACUGGUGGACAUCCCACUCUGUUGGAUCCUGCUCUUCUCCAUGAUUGGGCUCCAGUUUUCCAUGAGCAACAAGAUUUCUGGCAGUGCCAGCACCUUUGUCUUGCUGGUCACGGGGAUGUUGGGUUAUGGAAUUUCCCUCGUUCUCUUAGUCUACCUGAUCUCCUUCAACUCCCGCAAAGGAUGGAGCUGUGAUCUUUGGUCUUUUAUCCUGAUAUUGGUGUGCUUUAUUUCUUUUUUCAUCGGCAGAAUCAUUGAUCACAUGGACCACCCCAACACCAGCACCUCUCUCUGCGCUUUGUCCCUCUUGGUUCCCGUGUACCCCAUGAUGGGUUUUCUGAUCGACUUUGUGAUCAACUCCCAGCUUAUGAUGAAGGACAAUGAGGCAUUUAAUAUGGCUUCAGGCAAUCAUAUCCUGAUUGCUGUCUUUGCACCCUACAUCCAUUCUGUGGCGUUCAUUCUUCUUCUUCGCUUUUUGGAGUUAAAAUAUGGAAAAGCAGUGCUGAGACAAGACCCAGUAUUUAGGAUCUCCCCAAGAAAAGAAAGCAGCCAGCAGCACCCCAAGGAGCUCGAGGAGGAGGAAGAUGAAGAUGUCAGAGCUGAAAGGGAAGCAGUGAGAAAUGCCAUGGUGGCUCCGAGUCAGGAGGAGAAAUCAGUCAUUAUAGUCAGCAACCUGUGCAAGGAAUAUAAUAUAAAGCAAGCUGGCUCGUUCUUUAAGAAGAAGAAGAAAACAGCCACCAAAAACCUUUCCUUCUGUGUUAAAAAAGGAGAAGUGUUGGGACUUCUGGGGCCCAAUGGAGCUGGGAAAAGCACAGCUAUCAAAAUGAUCACUGGAGAGACAAACCCAACUGCUGGGCAGGUGCUGAUGAAGAGGGGAGAUGGAGGAGGCUCCCAGGACCAGGCUCCUGCAUUCCUGGGAUACUGCCCCCAGGAGAACCCGCUCUGGCUGGACCUCACCCCGCAGCAGCACCUGAGCGUCUACGCGGCCGUCAAGGGGCUGCGCAAGGAGGACGCGGCCGCUGCUGUCCACAGAAUUGUGAACGCUCUGCAGCUCCAAGACUACUUAAACAAAAAAGUCAGAAAAUUACCUGCUGGGAUAACCAGAAAGCUGUGUGUGGCACUGUCCAUGCUGGGCAACCCCUCCGUGCUGCUCCUGGACGAGCCCUCCACCGGCAUGGAUCCCAACGGGCAGCGCCGUGUCUGGAAAACAAUCCGGGAUGCCCUGAAAUCCAAGGAGUCAGGAGCCAUCCUGACCACGCACUACAUGGAGGAGGCGGAGGCCGUGUGUGACCGCGUGGCCAUCCUGGUGUCAGGGCAGCUCCGGUGCAUUGGCUCCAUCCAGUACCUGAAGAACAAGUUUGGCAAAGGAUAUCUCCUGGAAAUCAAGGUCAAGGAUCCAGAGAGCGCUGAUGUUCUGCACUCUGAGAUUCUGAGGAUUUUCCCAGGUGCAGCCCGUCAGGAGAGGUUCCCCUCUUUGCUUGUCUACAAGGUCCCGAUGAAAGAUGCACUGCCCCUGUCCCAGUCCUUCUCCAAGCUGGAGGAAGCCAAACGGAGCUGCAGCCUCGAGGAGUACAGCUUCUCCCUGAAUACCCUGACUCAGGUGUUUCUGGAGCUCUCCCGAGAGCAGGAAAAGGGUAAUUUUGACCUGACUUUGGACGGGACUUUCGACUGGAAACAGCUGCAGCAGGAGGACUGUUAAAUGCUGGUUUAUGCCUUGCUCAGUAUUAACCAAACUGCACAUAUUUACUGCCACUCUCAGCCUACCACGGAGAGGGGACCAGGCUCCUCUCUGACACAGAGGAUGUUUCACCUGCACUCUGCUCCAAGCUGCACUUCCAAAGGCUGGUUGGGAAAACAGUGAUUGCUCUGGUGAGAGCUCUCAUCAAGCCAGGCAGGAUGAAGCAGGAGGACUGAAAGCUUUGCAGAAAGAAGGGUCCUGAUCCAUCUCUGGGGAUCAGAUCUCUCUGGAUCUGGGUGCAUCAGGGAGUCUGGACAUGCUGCUGCCCUCCUGGGUUCCUCCCCCACCAAUGUCUGGGACUAUCUGCCUACGACGUGUUCUUACUGGAAUUUGCACUCUGUUCUCAUACCCUUCCAAUAAACGUCUCUAUAGAAACUGCA